AAAUGGAAAGUAUUACUGAAGCUAUUGAAGAAGAGAACACCCAGAUAAUCAGCCUAGAGAACUCUGUCCUGACAGAAGCCAAGGAGCAAGAGGUCACCACAUGUCAGAGCAUCCUCUAUAAGGUUCAACCAGAUGAAGAAGUUGAGCCAUCGGAUCCAGACUCAGAAGAAGUUUCAGAAAACAGUCAAAUUUACAUUAGUUCGGAAGAAAUCUGAGAUGAACAAUUUUUGAAAAGUUUGAAGUGUCUUAAGGUUUUUGAUAUAGAUUGGCUUUCUUUGGAUGAUAUUGGUUCUAAAAAUAGGAGUUUUGUUUUAAAUUUCUUACAAUCUUCAUUCCCUAAUAAAAUUAAGGAACUCGAUUUUUGGCCCAGUGACGAAAUGGAUCUGAAAAGGUCCAACUACUUAAACUCCCUGACCACACUCAGCUCCAAAAUCGUUCAAAGAGUUAACUUUGAACAUUUUAGCAUCGGCCUGCCCCAACUGAAGAGGCUGGUGGCAGCUUUCAGGCAUGUGAGAACUUUGGAAUUGGUAGAUUGCAGGCUAUCUAUCCCAAGUGUUCCUGAUUUGUCAAAGGCUCUGAAGAAUUGCCAAAUCCAGGAAAUAAAUUUAGAAAGAUCAGGAGGCCUGGAUAGAAGUGACUGGAAGAACAACUUCGACGAGCUCGAGAACUUGGUGCAAGGGUUAGCAAGCUCUCCAGAUUUAAAAUUGAGUCUUGAAGAAGUAUUUGUCUAUGACUGCGGAGUAACCCGAAAUAAAGUUGACCAAGUCUUUGUAGAAAACCAGCUUUGAGGAGUUUACGUAAUUGGUGGAGAAUAAAUUUUGGCUAAAUUUCUUAUUUUUACUACUUUG